UGUGAUUGACAAUCUGGGGCAUCUCUUUUUUGCUCGCAAAGGGUUCCGUAAGUUGUAACUAGGCUUUAAAUCAAAACUGGCAAGUUACCCCACAUGGGUUUAUGAAAUAUAUUGAAAGGUAUCCUGAAGUCAUGAUCUUUGAAGCAAGGGCAAGGUUCAAUGUUCAUACAACGACAAAUGGAAUAAAAACAAUUGUGAUGAUGCUGGACUGUGUUUGUGAGUACAUGUGUGUAUCAAAUACCAAGUGGCACAAAAAAGGAAAUAAAAAUUCGGAGAUCUCAUCGGCCAAACCUCAAGGCGAUCCAACAAGAAAUUCAAGUAUGAAUAAAGUAAUAUAAAUGACUGCAGAAGCCAGGACAGCCCUCCAUAUGGCAGAAGCCCAGAAGUUCUUAUUUUCUUCUCCAAUAUGGUUCUUCUUGUCGUUAGUAUCUACAGCUCAAACAGAAAGAGCCAAUAUACCGUGCAAUUAAUUUAAUAACUCGUCUCGUUGACUAGUACUUUAAUUCUGUUCCAAUAAUUUGAAGGAAAAAAAAAAAUCAGAAGAUCUGAGUAAUCCGAUUCUUUGUAGGAAGCCAGUCUUGUCAACCAUACAUAAGUGUACAGAAACAUGCCCAAACCGUGAUCGAGAAUUACAAUGGAAGAAUCAUCUCUACCAGCGACGAUGAUCUUCUCAGGCUUUUUACCAACUGGGUCAUUGCUAGAUUCGUUGGUUCACAUAUCUAAUGAAGUUGCCUCCAUGGAAAAGUUCCCUUUUGUUCAACUCAGGAAUGCCUCAUCCAUGAUCAGGAGGGUGAAGCUUCUUUCUUCUCUUUUCGAGGAGAUUCAUGAAACAGAUUCCCACCUUCCUCCUUCUUCAAUCCUGUGUUUCACAGAGCUCUUCUCCGUGAUCAGAAGAGCGAAGCAUUUGAUUCAAGACUGCCAGGAAAGCGGCUCUCUCUGGAGUCUUAUACAGUUAGAGUUUAUUUCCAAUCAAUUCCAUGGGCUUGUAAAGGAGAUGGGAAGGGCUCUAGAUAUCCUUCCUCUGAGACUGCUUAAUAUCACAGCAGAUACAAGAGAGCAAGUGGAACUUCUGCACAAGCAAGCAAAAGCGGUUGAGUCGUUCAUUGAUCCUCGUGAGCUGCAACGAAGAGAUCAGCUUCUGCAUGUAAUGGCCCAUAACAAUCUACAGAACAAGAACAAGGGAUUCCCUGAGUUUGGGAAAGUGCAACAAAUAUUAAGCAGCAUUGGUUUGAGAACCCCAUCAGACUAUGACAGAGAAAUUUCAAAGCUAGAGGCUGAAGCUCAGAAUCAAGCAGGUACAGGAGGCUUAAUCGUUAUGUCUAACAUACAUAAUCUCAUAUCUUUAGUUUCGUAUUCCAAAGCCAUGAUAUUCAGAGAUGGAGUAAACGAAAUAGAUGAAGAAUGUAAGCCAGCAGUGUCCGCAUUAACAUCUAAGAGCUCUGAUAGUUCCUUGUCUUCAUCUUCUUCUCAGAUGACAGCGUUAGCACCUAAUGUUCCUGACGAAUUUCGAUGCCCAAUUUCACUUGAUUUAAUGAGAGAUCCAGUGAUUGUAUCAUCUGGGCAUACUUACGAUCGAAUUUCAAUCGCACAGUGGAUAAACUCGGGACAUCACACUUGCCCAAAAAGUGGGCAAAGAUUAAUUCACACCGCUCUCAUACCCAACUAUGCAUUGAAGAGUGUUGUGCAGCAAUGGUGCUAUGAGAAUAACGUCCCAUUGAAUGAGCCGACAUCAUCUUCUUCCUCGACUUCGGAGGAUCCCAACAGCAAGGACAACUCAAGCGAAAAUACUGUCGAUCAUAUCGCUGCUAAAAAAGCAGCCAUAGAUGCUGUCAAAAUGACAGCAGAAUUUCUGGUAGGAAAGUUGGCAACUGGGUCAGCUGAAGUCCAAAGGCAGGCUGCCUAUGAGCUAAGAUUACUAGCAAAAACAGGGAUGGAUAACCGAAGAGUCAUCGCCGAGGCAGGGGCAAUUCCAUUUCUAGUGACAUUACUGGGAUCCCAUGAUCCAAGAAUCCAGGAGCACGCCGUCACGGCCUUGUUUAAUCUCUCCAUAUUCGACAACAACAAGGUUUUGAUUGUGGCUGCCGGAGCACUGGAUUACAUAGUAGAAGUGCUUGAAUCAGGAAAAACUAUGGAGGCAAGAGAAAAUGCAGCAGCAGCAAUCUUUAGCUUGACUAUGUUUGAUGAUUGCAAGGUGGACAUCGGAGCUCGUCCAAGGGCCAUACCCGCAUUAGUAGGACUGUUAAGAGAGGGCACUCCUAUUGGGAAAAGAGAUGCUGCCACUGCCAUUUUCAAUCUUGCAGUUUACAAUCCCAACAAGGCCAAGAUCGUUAAUGCUGGGGCUGUUCCUCUGCUUGUUGAGUUGCUUAUGGAUGAUAGGGCUGGGAUCACAGAUGAUUGUUUGGCUGUGCUUGCUUUGCUUCUGGGUUGCUCUGAAGGUUUGGACAAGAUAAGGAAUAGUAAAGUGUUGGUGCCUCUUCUGAUAGAUCUUCUGAGGUUUGGGUCACCCAAAGGGAAGGAGAAUUCUAUAACGCUUCUGCUGGGGUUGUGCAAGGAAGAAGGUGAGGCGGUGGCAAGGAAACUGCUGGCAAAUCCUCGAAGCAUUCCUUCUCUUCAAAGCUUGGCCGCUGACGGUUCUUUAAGAGCUCGAAGGAAGGCCGUAGCUUUGCUUAGACUGCUCAAUAGGUGCUGCUCUCAGCCUCAUCAUUCUCUUUGAAGCUAAUAUUUGCAUUUCUUAUACAUGCACAGCUGUAUAUUUUGUGGAAGUCGUAUACAUGAAAAAGGCCUUCAUUUCUUUUUGCAGUUGCUUCGGCCAAUAAUUGCCGAUUAGGAAAUAAUCCCAUGUGGAGUUUAUUAUGAUAGGAGAAAAUGCAUUUUUAUUGUCUUUAAAGAAACCUGCGUAUGACCUUUAAUUUUUGAUAUAAAUAUGUACAAAGUAUUCUGUGAACAUCCCAACACAAGAAUUAUUGCUUUUGAAAAUAUGAUCUUUGAAACUUACUGAAGUAGGCUAACUGCUAAAGGUACUCUA